AUGUUUGUGCUGGCAUUUGUGGUGCACACACGUGUAGGUGGAAAUUCGUUACCGUAUGCCGAUAUUCUUUACCAAUUACGGCAAGUGCUUCGGAUGUCGGAAGCGAGGAAAGGACUCGCUGUAGCCAUUGGUGCCGCUGGAGUUGGUGACCGUGACAGAUCUGCACGGUUCUGGAGCGCUAUGAGAGAGGUUGACACCAACUGCAUUUCGCUGACAUGGGCACGCGAUGCGUUGUUCGUCGUUUGCUUAGAUGAUGAGGACACAAAAAGCGCUUCUGCUCAGAACAAUGCCGAUUCGCAGUCCCAGGAGAGGAACCUCGUUCAACAAGGAAAGCAUAUUUUAACCGGUGGCGGUAGCCAAGCUCAUGGCUUGAAUCGGUGGUUCGACGCCACUAUUCAGCUCGUCGUCAGUAGUAGUGGUACAAACGGUUUGUGCAUCGAGCACUCGGCUGCCGAGGGUAUCGUCAUUAUCAACAUGGCCGAAAGUGCGCUCAGAUACGAACGAGAAAAUAGGAAACGAAUUAUACCCAGUCGAGCUGAACGUGAGAUGAGCGCGAAGCCGUUAUCUUGGCAUGUUGGUGCUGAUGGCUUGGAAGUUCUCAGAAAACAAGCAUCCGAACUCGAC